AUGGCGAAGCCGCAAAAGAAGAGGCAAACGCCGAAAAGACGAAAGAAGAAAGUAAAAGAUCCGGAAAAAGAGGAAGAAACUAGAAAGAGAAUUGCAGCGAUCGAAGGAAAGAGACAAAAGGUUAUAGAAGAAGUCAGACUUUCGUUGCUUCAAAGAAGAAGGGACAAAAUUGGGCUAGAACGAGAUCGGCAGGAGAAAGAAGAGAGAGCUCGUGAAAAAGAAAGAAGAGAUGCUGCGAAGACAGGAAGUGAAAGAACGAUGUUAGAGAUUCGCGAGGACCUGAGUAGAGUCGUGGAGACAGGAAUAAAAUGCGUGUACACCUCCGUAAUUAUACCCAAUAAGAUAAAAUACGAUGGCAAAUCGACUUUAUCGAUUAAAGGCGUCAAGUACAAAGUGAAGAAAAACUUGCAUAUAGUGGGAUGGGGUAAGGAAGCAGUAACGAUGAGCGCUGCGUUCGAACGUAUUAUCGGCAGACAAUUGAAAAGAGGAUGGGUGGUCGUGCCACGUAAAUCAAUUUUCAUGAUGUGGAGUUUUCCGGAAGCGUUUCCAAAGUUAGACAGCGCUAUCUCCUACGUCGAAGCCGGCACUGACGGACAACCAGACGAGAAGUCCGUCACGAUGACUAGGAGGAUUAUAAACUACUGCAAAAAGUUGAAAAGGAAGGAUCUGUUGAUAGUUAUGCUCUCGCACGGAAUCGAUGAUCUCCUGUGUUGCCCGCGGGAAGAGAUCACAUUGAGGGAUAAACUUCGUGUAAUAAACAGGUUGAAGGCGGCCCAAGCAACUCCCGAUGAAAUAAACACUGUGAGAAACAAGCUGUCUACAAUUAGAGGUGGCGAUCUAGCACGGUUCGCCUAUCCAGCUCGAGUGAUCGUUCUAAUCACCUCGGACGUUUCCGCGGAGCCAAUGACUCAACUGUCCGGUGGUCCAUGCGUGUACGAUCCGAAGGACGAUACAGCUUUGCAGAUCAUGACGAAGUACGGAAUCUUCGAGCGUUUGCCGCAGAGCGUGAGGGAACUCCUGGAGGAGACUAUACCCUGGACAAUGGUCGCGGACAAGCAAGUAACCGAGAGCAAAAAAUACAAGUUCGUCCACGAGUAUGUGGUAGCGUGCAACGCAGACGCCAUGGAAUGCAUGGCCGUGGAGGUGUUCAAAUUAGGUUUGUUCCCCGUGAAGCUGAACUCCACCUGUUUCGGCGAGGUUCAAGAGUUCGCGCGCGAGUACGUGAAGAUCACUUCGUUGAUGAUAUUGGCGGUCGAGGGGAAAAUCAAUCAAUUGGACAUGUAUCAAGAAAUGAAGGAGAGCCCUGUCUGUCCCCUGACCGACAAAAAGGUGCACGAAAUAUUCCCGGCGAAAGACAAAUGGGGCCUAGGUCUGUGCCUUCUGCUUGGCGGCCGGCAGACUGUCAAUCUUUGCGCGGAGCCUGGAAAGGGCGGACCCAAUCAGGAGCUCGCUCUAUACUUUUCAUUAUAUUGGUAUAUGCGUACCGAGCAGUUUCCAAUUUUGAGAGAGUACACCGUCUGGUUCCUGGGCGGCAGCUCUCACGGCAAAGACGGCAAUACCAGCGCAGCUGGCGCUUUCGGUUAUAAGAGCCUGGGUACCGAUGUUUAUCCGAAAUACGAAAAAGCGCUCGGCGAAUACAACACCGCUUAUGCAAACUGGUGGAAACUUAAGGAGGAUAAACAAAACCAGUUUGCGAUCGAGCGAGCCUACAAUGUGAUGAAGGACCACGAAGCAACGAGAAAUAAAUUUAAGGAUAUUAUCCCUAAACACAGCUUAGAAAAAAAUGACACGAACACAAUGUUCAUAAGCAUUAACGACGAAGAUGAAUUGCUCGAAUUGAAAACCGGGAAUUAUUACACUUUCACAGACGUCGGGGAUCUUCAUAUCAUACGAAUCGUCAAAUUCCAAUGUAAUUGCGAUGGCAUCUGCCAUGGGCACAUCGAAAGGACCUGCAUUGAUAAGGAAUGUCCCGUCAAUGUAACAAUGUCAGCGGAAACAAACUUAAAAUCGCAAUACUGUUGUCAAAUGGGUAGACUGAUAGAAAAACUAUGA